AUGAGCAGAUUUGUUAAUCCAUCAAAAAGACAUUUCUUAAGAUAUAAAGAUCCUAGAAUAAAUGAACAAAUAAAAAAUCAGUAUCUGAAAUAAAUUUAUUAAAUUAAUGAUUAAGUCAAAGUAAUAAAAGCUAUUAGAAUUGAUGUGAAUCUUUUAAGAAUAGAGAAAACUCAAUAACGAAAAUAUACCAAAAUUAAGUGGAACUGUAUCCAUAUACAUCUUAAAAGUUAUUUUAGCCAUUCGUCUACCAAAAAUGUUAUUAAGUGGGAAUUCAAACCAAUUUCUUAAAUUUUAUAAAUGGUGUACACAAAAAGUGUAAUCUCUAAGCUUAUGCAUUCUAAUAAUAUAUAAUAAUAGCUAUUUCAUUCAUCUCUAAUGCUCUUACAAAUUUAACCGAAUGUGGAAUACUUUGUAGGUUUUAGAUUAAAAGGGACUGGACAAUCAACUAUAUUGAUAGAGGAUCAAAACUGA